UGAAAAAGCCAAAAAGGUUCAAUUCUUGUUCUUGUACGCCAGUUUUUGACAUUUGUGCCUCUUCUUAAAACAAUAAUGGGUUUGGGGCGAUUGUUGAUUAUCUCUGAAAAUUAAUAGUUUUAAUGUCAACGCAAUCGCUUCUCCACCAAAUCGGCAUUUCCCAAUAACCGUGAUCAACACUGCGGUUAUAAAUUUGUAAAGAUGGGCAACCAACUGGUGGGUAUAGCGCCCUCGGAAAUAUUUCCUGUCGAACACUAUCUGACCGAUCACUCGCAACUGCAGUUCGAUGCGAGCUUGGGGAGUACUAGGUUUUUUAAAGUAGCCCGUGCAAAGUCUCAAGAAGGAAUGAUUGUUGUCAAAGUCUUUGCCCUGCACGAUCCAAUGUUGCCGUUGGUCAAACACCGUGUGCACAUUGAAGAGAUAAAGUCCAAACUACAGUCGGCUGUCAAUUGCUUAUGUUUUCAAAAAGUUGUUAUGACUGACAAAGCUGUUUUCUUGAUGCGAGAAUAUGUCAAGUAUAGUUUGUAUGAUCGCAUCAGUACCAGACCUUUCUUGACCAUGAUAGAGAAAAAAUUUAUUGCUUUUCAAAUAUUGUUUGCUCUACGACAAUCUUAUACAUUAGGCGUGUGCCACGGUGAUAUCAAGUUAGAAAAUAUCAUGAUUACAUCUUGGAAUUGGGUGUUACUCACAGAUAUCGCCUCUUACAAACCUACAUACCUACCUGACGAUAACCCUGCUGAUAAUUCAUUCUUUUUUGAUACUUCUCGUAGAAGGCUAUGUUACAUAGCUCCGGAACGUUUUGUGAAGACAUCUACUGAGCUUACCAAUCAGUUGUUACCAUCUGAAGAUCAUGUUAAAAAAGGAGAAUUGACUCCAGCUAUGGACAUUUUCUCCACUGGAUGUGCACUAGCAGAAAUGUUCACAGAUGGUCGCCCGCCUUUUGAUUUAUCACAGUUGUUGGCAUAUAGAAAUGGAGAGUAUGAUCCAAACACUCACGUUGACACUAUUGACGAUGAAGGAAUUAGAGAUCUCAUUAAAUCCAUGAUAAAAUUAAAUCCAGCAGACCGUUGUUCUGCUGAAUUGUAUUUGGACGAAGAGAAAAAUAAAAUAUUUCCAGAUUACUUUUAUUCUUUUCUUCAACCAUAUUUACAAAUGUUUUCGGCCACAAAUCCUAUAAUUUCGCCCGACGAAAAAAUUGAUAGAUUGAAAAGUGAUGUUAACGGUAUAAUUAAUAUGUUGCUUCCAUCUAACGAUUCAGAAGGAUGUACUGAUGGUUUAGUGUUAAUUGUUCAAUUAGUUACUUCUUGUAUUAGAGGUUUGCAUUUGUCUACAACCAAAAUACAAUUGCUCUGGGGUGGUAUGGUGGCCGAUGGACUACGCACCCUUGUAAAUCCUCCAUCAGAAGACUAUGUUACGCCGAAAGAAGUAUCUGACAUAAUAAAAGGAUUCCCUUCAGCCAAAGCUCCAGGCGAGGAUGGCAUUACCAACUAG